UGGACUUGUACUUUUCAGCGAUGUCGACGCCUCCUCCAGUGGGCAACCUUUCCCCCUCAUCGCCCCCCGUAUCUACCAUCCCAAUCCAUGGCAGUCCCCUCGGACGCCCUGCGCUGUCUUCUCCUGACCUCUCGCGCCUGAGCAACGGCUCGUCCGCCCCAUCGCUCGACUCGAUGGCGCAUCUCCAGCGGGCUGUAGCAUCGACCGUGAAGACGAGAUCGGGAAGUGUGCUGAGCAGGGGCUUCAUCCUCAAGACGGACUACUACCCCUCAGGGAGAGCUCUUGACCUUGACAUCAAUGUGCACGGCGCCCCCAACUUUCGCGCGCCACGCCAGGGAGACCUGAAUGUGUUUGGCACAGCCCAGCCGCGCACGCAGGGUCUUCGAGCUAUCCUCUCCGUUCUCGGGUGCCGCCCGAACAACCCAAACCCCAACCACGUUGUGUGGUUCUCCACUCGUGAAGAGCCAUUGGUGUACAUCUCGGGGCGCCCUUUCGUUCUACGCGAUGCGUCUGAGCCUCGGCGACUGCUUUCGCUAUCAGAUCGUGCCGAGAACCUCGAAGCCAUCGAACUUCGUCUCAAGAACGACAUCUUGCAGGAAGCAACCAGAUACGGUGGCCUCGUGCUCACCCACAAUGAGAUAGCAUCGGACAGUGGCGAGGGGGCCAUCCUACCAACGUGGACGGCCGUAGACGUCAACAACGUGCGCACCUCCCGCGAACUCUGGACGCAGAUGAAGAAUCAAGGAUGGAAUGUGGAUUAUCACCGUAUACCCAUUUCUCCUGACCGGCCGAUCGAAGAUAACUACCUCGAUGCUUACCUGCGCGUCAUCACGCAGACCGACCCCACGAAGACUUCCUUGGUAUUCUCUUGCGGCAUGGGUGCUGUGCGCACGACAUUCGCGAUGGUCGCCGCUUGCCUCGUUCGUCGCAAGCAGGUCAUGGAGAAAGGCUUUGACGACCCUUUUGGCAUCAAGCCGCCUGCGGGACGUCCAGCUUCGAGCACCCCUGUGGGGGCAAGCAUCGCGCGCUCGGGAACACCCAUACAAUCGACUGCGAUGACGCGGGGCGGUGCUACUCCCGAUGGGCGCAGCACGCCUGUGGGAAGUCAAACCACUGAAUCUCGUAUACUUGCUGCGCUGGAGCGCGCAAGUGCACAGCAGGAUACCAACCGCGCGAUCCUGCGCUUGACUUACCUGCUACAGAAUUGCCUUCCAAACCAGAACUCCCAGUCCGCCAUCGAGCUACUCAUGUCGCAGCCGACACUGCUCGAGGACUUGCGCCGCGCGCAUAUGGGUAACUACGGUGUCAUCCUCAGUUUGCUUGGCUGUCUCGACUUCGGUCUGCAGGCGAAGAAAUUGGUGGACAGAGUGAUCGACGCCACCGACCAUGUCACGAACUUGCGAGAAGAUAUUCUGAUCCACCGCCUGCGAUACUCCAUGACGUCUAUGGACGAGGCGAAGGGCGAGAUCUACCUAAGCAAGGCGCGAAGGGCACUGGAGAAAUACUUUUUCUUGGUGGCGUACGCCAGCUUCGUUGAGGAGUCUCCUGUGGACUUCGGGCAGUCGUUCGGUGAUUGGCUUAUGGCGCGGACAGAAAUCUGGAACCAAGUCAAGUUCCUGCGCAAGUCGUCCGGCUCGCGCUUGAAUAUCUUCGCGCCGAUCAGUGACCUGUCGUCGCUCUCGAAGACGCAUUCCGAGAACCGCGCUCUGGUACCAGGACGGAAGAACGAUGUUGCCAUCACUGGCGGGCAAAUUCUGGGCGACGAGUAUUCGAACCAUGUCGUGAAGAACCGCAGUGGCAUCAUUCUGCGCGAGAGCACCCUACUCAAGUCAGACCAAUGGCUCAGCGAGGGCGCUGCCGUCGAGCAUGGUGUCCGGGGCGCAAUCAACUUCCGGCAAGUACCAGGGACGAACAUCUACGCGCUUGGGCAGCCCACCGUUGCGGCCAUUGACGAGGUGGUACAGCGUGUACGCUCUGCGCAUCCGCACACAGAACGCAUUGUCUGGAUUACGCUGCGGGAAGAACCUAUCGUCUACAUCAACGGCAUGCCAUACUGUCUGCGUCGGGAAGGAUUCUCACUGCGGAACAUGAAGGAUUACGGAGGCAUAUCCGCUUCCCGUCUGGAAGUCCUUGAGGAACGCCUACGCGACGAUGUCAUCGCCGAGCUUCAGGCUUUCGGCGGCCAGCUGCUUUUACAUACCGAGACGCCCGAUGGUACCGUCGUCCCCGUCUGGGAGGACGUGCGCGAGGAGGACGUGAUGGUCCUCAAGGAUGUUAUGGCCUCGCGCCCCGAAGUGCACUACGCGCGCGUGCCCAUUACCGCCGAGCGCUCGCCCGACUUCUCUGACUUGUCGCAGCUGAUCGACAUCGUCCUGCGCUGCUCGAGGGACACGCCGCUGGUGGUGAACUGCCAGCUCGGGCGUGGAAGGAGCACGCUGGCGUCUAUUAUCUUGUUGCUCAUCAGGCAAUGGCUGGAUGCGCAUAGGCAGCCGACGACCCCGCAUAAGCCUCGCCGGCAGAUCUCGAUGAUGUCGAUCUCCUCGGAGCAAGCGCCGCAUGAAGCCACGAAGAACAGGCACUCGUACCAGGUUAUCAACAACUUGCUUCGCGUGGUCAGGAGAGGCCCUACGGUCAAGAACAUCGUGGACGACGCGAUCGACCAAUGUGCUGUCAUCUACAAUGUGCGCGACUCCAUUGAGGAAUCACGGUCCCUUGCGGAGCAAGCAUCGGAUGAGAGGCAAAAGCGUCUGCUGGCACAAAGAGGCGUCCACAACUUGCGCAGGUACUUUGAGCUCAUCGUCUUCCAAUCCUACUUGCAGUCCAUCGAACCCGACACGAUGCAGGACUUUGAGAGUAUCGAGACGUUUGUUAAAAGCCGCCCAGUCAUCAAGACUUUCGAGCGGGAACUGCUCGAGGAAGGGGCGAAUGCGCUUAAGCCUCUGGAGCGCUCCGAUGUUACCGAGGACGUCGCCCACCCCGAUGAGGUCCGCCAGGUUGUACUCAAUCGGUCGGGUAGCAUCCUGUCGGCGUCGACCAUCCUGAAGAGCGACUUCUUCUCAAACUUGCAGAAGAUGACUUUACCGGAGCGCAUCGACGGUGCACCGAACUUCCGGCGCGUACCGCUGACGCUAAAGCUGGUAACCUCGGGGUCGAACUCGCCACUGGAGGGCACCGGGUUCGUCACUGGUGUUUUGGAGGACGGCAAGAUGGUCUGCGGGAGCGGGAUGCCAACAGUUCAAGGAUUGCGUCGAGCCCUCCAUAGGAUAGAGGCCGGACCAGAGGGCUCAAACAUGGUCUACUGGACUUCACUGCGGGAGGAGCCUGUGAUCUACGUCGCUGGCAGGCCGCACGUCUUGCGCUUAGUCGAUCGACCACUGGAGAACGUCGAGGCCACAGGAGUAUCCACGGCUGUCGUUGAGGACAUGGAGAACAAGUUUAAGCAAGACAUCCUUACUGAAGUACGCCUCGGCAAUGGUCGUGUCCUCCUCCACGACGAGGUCGAAGAGAGACCGGGCGUCUUCUCCAUCAUUCCCAUCUGGGAAUCUGUCACGGAGGACGACAUCAUGACCCCGCGAGACGUAUUUGACCUAAUGGUCAAGGAGGGCUACAAGAUCAACUAUGGCCGCGUAGCGAUCACCGACGAGCAGGCGCCGCUGCCACAGGCGCUCUUCGAGCUCCUCGAGCGCGUCCGCUCAGGCUACUCCGAGGCGGGCGACUUCGUCUUCAACUGCCAGAUGGGCCGCGGGCGCACGACCUCUGGCAUGGUCACCGCUUGCCUCAUCUCGACGAUUCGGCACUGGGAGCCGGGCGCGGAAGACGCGCUGAUGAAAGAGGAACUGGAGGCGCCGGUGUACGACUCGAUGGACGGACCGUCGGAGGAGGAGGCGUAUCUGCAGGGGGAGUAUAAGACGAUCUUGCAGCUCGUCGGCGUGCUGUCGCAUGGGAAGGCUGCGAAGCGGCUGACGGAUCGGGCGAUUGACUUGAUGCAGGACGUGCAGAAUUUGAGGAAGGCGAUCUAUGACUACAAGCUCAAGACAGAGGCAUGCGAAAAGGGCAGCGGAAAAGAGCGCAAGUUGCGCGACGUGACGAUCAACUACCUGUAUCGCUACGGGACCCUCAUCGUCUUCGCGAACUACCUCAUCGAGAUGAAGGAGACGAGUGCCGGGGUGACUUUCCCCGUAUGGCUGGCUGAACAUCGGGAAAUUACGAAGCUGCUGGGACGCCGCUCGCUGGAUUGAUCGGCCAUUGCGUAUCAUACAAUUUCUCCUGCUGGAUUAUAGCGUACACGCCAUAUAAUUAUAUCUGUUUCUUCGACC